UCUUCUCGAUCGGGAGCCCGUGUUUCUUCAGAGGUCGGCUUCGUUUCUGACGCGGGCAGGAUGUCGGAACUUUCCGUCAAUGACCACCUCGAAGGGAUUCUGUCCGACUUUGAAGCUCUGAAGAGAUCCUUCGACAUUGAAGAGGAUGACGUACCAUCUUUCUCCUCAGCUUCACCCAUCUCCACCCCUGUUUCUCCCUCUUCUUCCCAUUUCUUCCUCCACCACAACAAAGCCAGUGAGGAGCUGGGAGGAGGUUGCCAGUCCCCUUCAUUAGCCUUCAACAACAACAACAACAACAGCCUUGGCUCGACAGCCCAUCACUCCCGCAUCAGCCUCAGUACCAUUCCCAGCCCAGUGCUCAAGUCCCGUGGUGUAGUCAGCAGCCGGUCCUUCAAUCGAGGAACCAUGAACAAGUCAUCCAUCCACAACAACGGCUCCACCGUGACCAGAGCUGCAUCCUUCCAAAGCAGGUUAAACCCCAACGGUUACUCCAUUUUGUCUGGGCCAGGCAGUGACAACGACAGCCUUCACAGCUCUACGUCCAGCCUGGAGUACUCUGGGGGAGGUGGGAGUGCGCUGCCUCUUACUAAGCUGGGGUCAUAUCUCAGCUCUCCAACUCAGGGAGAGUACCACCGAACCCAGCCCCAUCUCCCACAACUGCACCGAGAGGGAGGUACCAACUUGGGAAACAACCCUAACAUGAAGAAGUUUUCCUCCCAUGGGAGUGUGUUCCACUCUGAGAUGGACCAGGGGCCAGGGAUGAAGCUGGGUGUACCAGAGCAUCAGGGGGGGAACCAUGGCUCCAUGUCCAGCCUAGACCUCCAAAGUUGUGAUAGAGGUGGAGGAAUGGUCAGUAUGCAAAGAGGCGGAGGUGGAGGCAGGAUGUCUCCAGGGUUAAGGUAUGCCAAUGCUAAUGCAAACUGGAGUAGUCGUCUUCAUAAUGCCAGUUCCUUUGGGGUGGAGGGCUACUGUGGCCCCCAAAACUACUACCAACCCUUAGGUACCCAGGUCCUCAAGGCUCCCCAGCACAAGGCCAAAGAGAUUUCACGUCUCAACAAGUUUCCCUUGGAUCUGGACAGCUUGGUGAGCAGCCCCUCAACCACUUCUCCCACCAAGACUCAAAGAGGAUUCAUAAACCCCAACCCUCCCAAGCCUCCACCAAGGAGCACAGGAGGCCUCCAACACCCCACCAGUUCAACAUCCACCUCGGCCAGCCCUUCAGCCUCUCUAAGUAGCCUGGACGGUGCCUCUGACACCCCUCCCCCCUCCCUCCACCAUCCUUUUUUGCCUUUCUCCCCACGUUCUGUAACUCUUUUGCAGGGCUCCAUCCCUGUCCCAGAGAUAAUUUGCUCCACAGUGCCCCUUUCUCCUGCUCGUUGCCCCAAGCAGAAGAUUUUCUCAGGGCCCCAAGUUGUUCAAGUGGUCCCCAACCGGCCUAACCCUUCCAACCCCUCCAGCCCCAGAGGCAUUUGGUCUGUGGAGGAUGGCCCAGGUGAUGCUAGAGAUAGUGUCGGCUCAAUCUUACAGAGGAUUGCUUCCUUCUCCCAGCAUGCUGUUACUGAUACCACCCCGCCAGCUGUGACCCAGUCCCCUACAGUCCAAAGCAUUGGUGGGUUGUCAUCUGAACUUGGGUGUUCAACUGAGACUAUGCCCACAUGGAAAGAGGAGAAGAACAAACAAAAAGAAACUGCUGCAGAGCUGGAGACAGACCGGCAACGCCCAAUGGAGGAGAGAGAGAAGGACAGGGGCAUCAUGGGACCAGAGCAAGGAGAUCCGGGCAAGGGCCGAGAACAACCGGCCAGCAUGAGCACCCCGAAUUCUGUAAUGGCAAAAGAGGAGAAGGGAAUGGAGGAGAGAGAAAUGAAGAAAGAGAUGGAGCUGGAGAUGGAGCUGAAGGCCGAGGUGAAGGUGGAGCUGUGCCCGACUGUGCCAGGCCUGCAGAUGAGCUUCAUCCGAGGCACUGACCUGUUUGGCUACGUGGGCAUUGAGGCGGUGCUGGACCAGAUGAGGCGCAAGACCAUAAAGGCCGGCCUUGAGUUCAAUAUCAUGGUGGUCGGUCAGAGUGGCUUGGGUAAGUCCACGCUGGUCAACACGCUGUUCAAGUCCAAAGUCAGCCGGAAGUCCUGCACGCCCAACUACGAAGAGAAGAUCUCCAAAACAGUCAAGCUGCAUUCAGUCAGUCACGUCAUUGAGGAGAAGGGCGUUAAGAUGAAGCUGACAGUGAUUGACACUCCAGGAUUCGGAGACCAGAUCAACAACGACAACUGCUGGGAGCCGAUAGUGAAGCACGUCAACGAGCAGUAUGAGAAAUAUCUGAGAGAGGAGCUUCAUAUCAACCGCAAGAGGAGAAUACCAGACAGCAGGGUCCACUGCUGCAUCUACUUCCUGCCUGCCACCGGACACAGGCUACGCCCCAUCGAUGUUGAGUUCAUGAAGAGGUUGGGGAAGAUAGUGAGCAUCGUACCGGUCAUCGCCAAAGCCGACACACUCACCAUAGAGGAAAGACAAGAGUUCAAAGAGCAGAUAAGGCAAGACUUGGCAGCCAAUGGGAUCCGUGUUUACCCCCAGAAAGAAUACGAUGAGGAUCCCGAGGAACGCAUCCUCAACGACAGAAUCAGGGAAAGCAUUCCCUUCGCUGUGGUGGGAACAGACAAGGAGCACCAGGUGAAUGGAAACAAGGUGCUGGGCCGUAAAACAAAGUGGGGAAUCAUUGAAGUUGAAAACGUGGCACACUGUGAGUUUGCCAACCUGAGGGAUCUACUCAUCAGGUCUCACUUGCAGGACCUGAAAGACGUAACGCACGACAUCCACUAUGAGACCUACCGUGUCCGACGGCUCAAUGAGAGCAACAUGAACUACAGUGAACUGGGACUGUCCACCUGGCCACUGGAGAACAAAUGUGAAUCAGACAGCCACCUCUGAUCUCUCCAUCAGCCUCCUUCUUCCUGCUGCUGAUUCUACUCCUCAUCCAAUCACAAUGAGAGAUGUGAAAAAGAAAGCUACCAUUUUUAUUUCUUUUUUUUCCCUCAAGUAAAAACUGAGAUGGGUCUUUUUGUAAUUGUUUUUCCAUAUUUUUUUUUCUUCAGUAUGGGACAAAAUAGUGGAUUGUUUGGAAAUGAGAAAUUAAGUUACAUUACAUAAGAGAUACAUCAAAUAUGGAUAUGUGUAAAACCAAUGUGUGCUCAUCUAUAUUUUCUGGAAGGAUGGAGACAUAUACAGGUGCAGGAGAGCAUGCAGCAUAAUGAGAGGACACAUAUACAAGUCUCACAAUGGGGUCUCAGCAUCUUGGUAUCAUUGGCUAUAUAAAGUGUACAAUCUAUGGACAGAAGUAUGUGGACAGCCCAUUCCAUUCACCCAACAUCAGUGUUGGACCUCGCUGAGGCUCUGGUGUCUGAAUGGGAGCAAAUCCCUCCAGCAGCUGGUUCAACAUCUGGCGGAAGGACCGAAACCCAAAGAAUGGAGGCUGUGAAAGCCCAAUUGAUGGUGUAAAAAUGUCUGGAUGUCCCCGUACUUUCUGCAAAUAUUUGUCCGUGCAGUGUGUCAUUCAUGCUUAGUUCAUGUGUGUUAAAAGUAGAAAAUGUAAGACGCCGUUAAUGUGUGGAAAGCUUUUGGCAAACACAAGUGUUGAAGAUACCUUUUUUCCUAAAGCUUGCAGGUCCACAUUUAAGUGCCAAAACAACCGAAAAUUCUUAAUUUGUCCAUCCAUCUCUUUUACUAAAAUGUUUCGGAGUAGUUGGCUUCUGUUUAUUACUUGACAUGGAUAGAAUAAAUAAAACUCGUUAUGUCAUUAUGUCAUGGGUUGAGUAGAUCAGGACUCAACCCAGUGAUUAAGUGUGCAGAAGUGCGUUAGUUUGAAGGAAUCCUCAUAGGCCAGGCGCUAGUAGCUUAAGGCGUUAGUUCUAUCUGCUGAAGGUGUGGUCAUUGGUCAUGAUCAGGUCUCAUUUUCACAUUUCACUAAAGAUAAUCGAGGCAGAAUCUUUUUAUUAGUGGUGUUUUUCAUGUAUUAUUUUCCCGUUUUUAGUGGAGUUUAUCCUGCUACCAUCUCAGAACUGCAGCUCCGCAGCCAGAAGGUUCCCCAAGUGGGCCUUCUUUUGCGUUCAACAAUAGGCAUUAAUAGAAAUAAUGACUACAAUUCCAUUAGAUUACACGUACGCUCUCGUCGUACAUACAUAUUGUAGUUUAAAUAUGUAUGUACGACGAGAGCGUACGUGUAACCGGAAUCAAAUUCCAUGUAUGUGCACACAUACAUGGCCAAUAAAGCUGAAAUUCUGAUUCUGAUUAUAUUUCAACAACAUUGAAUGACGGAAUUAUUAUUCGUUAUUUCAAUCUUGUGAGAGAGAGGCUGCUGCUGGGAGAUCACAGUAUUUUUUAUUUGGUUUUCUUGAUGAACCAAUUCAUGCUUUUAGAAGUCAGCCAAUAAAACAUUUAACAAUG